UCAAUACUAUCAUUAAUGAUAUAGAUAAUAAAUCUCUACAGCUGUUCGAAGAAUAUAAAUCUAUACUUUAUAAUGCACUUGAAAUUAUACAAGAACAAGAAAAUAUUAAUAAUAUUCAAUGGGCACAAGCUAUUCAAAGAAGUUUUAAAGACUUUACACAACUUCUUGAAAGUGAAUAUGAUUAUAAUGUUGUUAUUGAAAUUGGAGAAAAACCUAAUAAUAAACUUUUCAAGGUACAUUCAAUAAUUUUACAUCAACGUUCUUUAUAA